AUGGUAGUCCGGCUGCCGCUCGAGGAGCGUAUUGCCGCUCAUCGACAGGCGUUGCUGUCUAAACCAUUUCCGGGUUUCGGACACGCGCUCAAGCCAUACUACGGAUUCGACCCUUCCUAUGUUCCGCUCAACAACGGCUCCUUCGGCGCUUGUCCCAUCUACGUGCUCGACAUCAUCAAAGAGUUACUCGACGAGGCUGAACGCCGACCCGAUGUGUUCCUGCGCAAACAGUACCAGUCGUUGCUCGACCAUGCGCGCAAGGAGGUAGCCGGAAUUGUGAGAUGCGACGUCGCCGAUCUCGUGUUUGUCAACAACGCCACGUCUGGAGUCAAUGCUAUCCUCCGCGGUCUAAACGGGACAUGGAAGAAGCGAGAUGCUAUUCUGGUGUACGAUACGGUGUACGGCGCCUGUGGUAAAACGGCACAGUACAUUGUCGAUUCCAAUCCCAGCUUCGAGCUGCAACUGGUCACGCUGCCGCUCAGCUACCCGCUCACACACGACGAGGUGCUUGCCAAGACCAAGCAGACCAUCUUGGAUGCCGAAUCUAAAGGCAUCAAGAUCCGUGUUGGAAUCGUCGAUGCCAUCAGCUCGGUUCCUGGUGUCAUUGUCCCAUGGGAAAAGAUCACGACAUUGUUUCGUCAGCAUGGCAUCUUGUCGCUCAUCGAUGGUGCGCAUGCGGUGGGUCAGAUCCCGUUGAAUUUGAGACAAGCCGACCCGGACUUCUUUAUCUCCAACUGCCACAAGUGGCUCUCGGCACAUCGAGGAUGUGCUUUCCUUUAUGCACCGAAACGCAACCAGCAGUUCGCUCAGGCCAUCCCCACGUCCCAUUUCUACCUCUCACCCAACGUGCCCAAGUCAAAUGCACCGGACCUUAUCCCAACAAACGCGCCAAGCAACUGGGUCGCUACUUGGGAGUGGACGGGGACCAUUGAUCUGUCCAACUAUCUCAGCGUUCCCGCUGCCAUUGAGUUCCGCAAAUGGAUGGGAGGGGAAGAUGCGGUCAUGCAGCACAACGCCCAACUCGCACGCAGAGCAGGAGAGAUCGUUUCGAGCCGUCUUGGGAAAGGUUCAGAGGUGAUGGAGAUAGAGACCCCGACCGAAUCCGAAAGACUCACUGCGAGCAUGGUCAAUAUCUCGGUCCCCAUCACUCUGCCCAAAUCCUCUUCGAACUUGUCUGCAGAGGAGGUCAAUGUACAGCUCGAUGUUUUGGCAACCAAGCUCCAAACGCGCCUCGCCAACGAACACGACACGUUUGUCAUGUUCCGCCCUCACGCCAACAAAAUUUGGAUCCGUCUUUCAGCUCAGGUCUGGUUGGAAGAGAAGGACUUUGAAUGGGUGGCUGACAAGAUUGCCCAGAUGAUUCUGGAGGAGGAGCUGCAAUCCAAGGCUUCUGUAUAG